AUGGAAGCUCAUCUGAGGAUUGUCCUGUUGGGUAAGACAGGAGUUGGGAAUAGCAGCACAGCCAACAGCAUUCUGGGUGAGAACCUGUUCAAAACGUCAUGUCUUGCAAACUCUGAUACCGCUACAUGUAAGGCUGCAACCAACACUGUUGAUGGGAGGAAAAUUACUGUGGUUGACACACCAGGGUGUUUUUCUACUGAGUGCACUGAUGAAAAGCUAAAACCUGAAAUAAUCAGGUGCAUCGUAGAGUGUUCCCCUGGACCUCACGCUUUUCUUAUCGUGCUGCCUGUGAGGAGAUACACAGAAGAGGAGAAGAAAGCAGUGGAUGAGAUUGUGAAAAUGUUUGGGGAGGAGGCUCUGGAGUAUGCUGUUGUCCUGUUUACCCACGGAGACCAGCUUCCCAUAAACAUGACCAUCCAGCAGUUUGUGGAUAAAAAUAGCCACCUGAAAACACUUGUCCAAAAGUGUGGAAACCGACUUCAUGUCAUCGAUAACAAAUACUGGAACAAUCCCACUGAAGGCCACAAUGAUGAGAGAAGCAACGCCGCUCAAAUCAAAAAGCUUCUGAACACGAUUUAUCAGAUGGUGGAACGGAACGGAAACAAGCACUACACCAACGAGAUGCUCCAAGCUGUGGCACAGGCCACUGAAGAGGAAAUGGCAAAGGGAGAAACAAGAGAAAAGGCAAAACACAAUGUAAUGAAAAGGUUUUUAAUCCUGACAGCCGGCAUAGCAGCAGGGUCUCUGUAUGGUGCAUUGCUGGGUCUUGCUAUAUGUGCAGGUGCUGUUAUGAAUCCGGUGGAGACGCAGGACCACAUCCCUCUUCCUGCUUUGAAGAGGGAUCCCCUCAGCGGUGUCCUGGACGCCGUUACCCCUAAUUUUGGUUGCUUUACUUUAAGUUAA